UAUCUUCUCUCUCACUAAACGCUACUCUUUUCCCUUCCCUUUCAUUCAAGAACCAGAAAAACCUCUCAAUCGAUCUCAAUUACUCCAAAUUCCUCUUCCAUAUCUUCAAUUUAUCCAUUUUAGGAGCUGGGUUUUUCACUAUUUUGAUGGAUUCAUCCUUAACUCUCUCGCUUUCUCAUACCAAUUCCGACACCCAUGACCUAAUCGGUACCUAUUUCUUAGAACAAUGGAGACUGAAAUCCAAAGCCGCUGUUAGAAAAUCAGAAUCAGUAAUGGGUGUUUCAGAAAAUCAAUUUUUGAUGGAAAUUGAUUCAGAAGAGUGUGAAGAAGAGUUGCCAACGGAGUUGGAUACUUUGAAUAGUUCUGGUGGGUUUUCGAUUGUUGGAUCAGAUAAACUUUCUGUGCGUUACCCAAAUGUGAAUCUUCAUGGACAUGAUGUUGGAGUUGUUCAAGCUAAUCGUGCUGCACCUUGUAAAAGACUUGUUUAUUAUUUUGAGAUGUUUGUGGAAAAUGCUGGUACUAAAGGUCAAGUUGCUAUUGGGUUUACUACUCCUGCGUUCAAAUUGCGUCGACAACCUGGCUGGGAAUCAAACAGUUACGGAUAUCAUGGUGAUGAUGGACUGCUUUACCGUGGACAAGGAAAGGGAGAGGCAUUUGGCCCAGCUUAUUCAACAGGUGAUACUGUUGGUGGCGGCAUCAAUUAUGCUUCUCAAGAACUCUUUUUCACGAAAAAUGGAACUGUUGUAGGAACAGUUUUCAAGGAUGUAAAAGGGCCAUUAUUUCCUACCGUUGCAGUUCACAGCCAACAUGAAGUGGUCACUGUCAACUUUGGGAAGCAUCCAUUUGUUUUUGAUCUUAAGGCAUAUGAAGCGCAGGAAAGGGCAAAGCAGCAUUCAACUAUUGAAAAAUUGUCUAUACCUCAGAAUGCCAGUUAUGGAAUUGUUCGCGCAUAUUUACAACAUUAUGGAUAUGAAGAUACACUGAAAACGUUUGAUGUUGAAAGUAGAAGUACUCUUCCACCCAUCUCUUUUGUUCAAGAAAAUGGCUUUGCAGAGGACAUCAGUGUGUAUUCAUUAAAUCAGAGAAAGGUUCUUCGUCAGCUAAUUCGGAGCGGUCAAAUUGGUGAUGCCUUUGGUAAACUAAGAGAGUUGUAUCCACAGAUAGUCCAGGAUGGCACAUCAGCUAUAUGCUUUCUGCUUCACUGUCAAAAUUUUAUUGAGCUAGUACGGGUUGGAAAGCUUGAAGAAGCUGUGUUAUAUGGCAGGACUGAAUUUGAAAAAUUCUAUAAGUUGGGAGACUAUGAUGACUUGGUCAAGGACUGUGCUGCUCUACUGGCAUAUGAACAACCACAGAAAUCCUCUGUUGGGUAUCUUCUAGGAGAUUCACAGCGAGAAAUUGUGGCUGAUGCUGUCAAUGCAAUGGUAUUGUCAACGAAUCCUAGCGUGAAAGAUUCAAGAGAGUGCUUACAUUCACGUCUUGACAGGCUACUCAGGCAGUUAAGUGCUUGCUUCUUGGCGAAGAGAACGUUUAAUGGGGAUCAGGGUGAAGGUUUCCAUCUUCAUAGAAUACUUAAUAGUGGUAGGAAAGGCUGAGAGGUAGUCUUGGUUUGCAUUCGCAUCACUCCCAACCCAUGUAUAUGCUUCACUCAUCCAAUGUCUUUCAUGUCACGAUCCAAGAGGAAAUGCCUCUCGGUGACCAGCACACGUGCUGUGUAGAGUUGUUAUGUACUUUCUUGAUUUGUAGUAGUCAUUCAUUUUCUUGAUUACGGGGUUGUCUUCUUUUCAUACCCCCUACGACAGUAAACCUUAUAUAGUUCGUGCACAUUGAAUGGUCAGAUUCUAUACUUGGGGG